AUGGGCCUCAGAGUAGCAAUUCCAAGUGGAUUCCUAAUGAUGAGAAAAAUGCAUCUGGAAAUGGAAACACUCAUGGAAAUCCGGAUCUCAAUGUUGGUGAUAUCCAAUGUCAGUGUGGAAUCUUCUUAGAGAGUUCCAGAUCAGAAAGGUUCACAUGGCUGUUUUUCUUAAUGGAUAUGGCGGAACUGUUGGGAUAGUAACCUUAGAAGAUGUGGUUGAGGAGAUUUGUUGGAGAAAUCUUUGUUGAAAAUGAUUCAAAGGAGGUGAUCCACAAGAAAACUGGCUAUAUUGUAAUGAGAGCAGAGGGAGUAUAUGAUGUUCAUGCCCAUACAUCUAUUUAUUGGCUGAGGACUUGAAUAUCGAAAUGCCAGAGGUUGCUACUUUGCAUCUUACUGAGAUCACUCCAAAAACUAUAGCUAUUCACAAUCCCAAAGAGGUGGCUGGAUUUGUGGAUAUGAUUGAAACUGUAUUAGAAAUAAAGGAUACUCAUGUUAGAGAGGUCAUGACACCCCUUGUUGAUGUGGUUGCAACUGAUGCGAGUGCAACUCUUGUUGAUUUUCACCAUCCAUGGGUGACUCACCAAUAUUCAAGGGUACCCGUUUUUGAGCAGCGUGUUGAAAAUAUAGUUGGCAUUACAGGGUACAUCAUUAAUGACCUUAAUGAGGAUCCAGAAGAAAGUUGGCUAUAUUGUAAUGAGAGCAGAGGGAGUAUAUGAUGUGCAUCAUUUAUUGGCUGAGGACUUCAAUAUCGAAAUGCCAGAGGUAUAUUAUUCUAUACCAUUACUGGUUUUCAUUGUUAUAGUGUAUAGAGCACUAAAUGGAGAAUUUAAAC